AUGUCGGAACUUGAUCUGAAGCCCUCGGAGGUUAUUUUCCUUGAAGUACUCAACCGGAGCAAAAAUACUGUUAUCUUCAAGGUGGCUAUUCAUGGGAAGAUAUGUGUUAUGAAAGUGUAUCAUGACAGAGGCAGAUCGGAUUGGGAUCCAGUUAACCGCGAGGUCAACCUUUUCCUUUGUGAAUCGAGCGCUUAUCGGCGGCUGAAAGAGAAGGGUUUCUGCGAGCGAGGCGUCGUUCCUGAUUUCUAUGGUAUCAUCGCAAACAUACAGCCAACACUCUGGCCGCAUCUCUAUAUGUUUCUGGAUGAUAAGCUGCCUCCGAACGCUAUCAUUAUCGAAUACAUUCCAAACAUGAAGCAAAUAGACCUCUCAAAUUUCUCAAGGCAACGGGUGGAAACCUUCCGCGAUAUUCUCUUUCAAAUGCAUCAGGCGAAAAUCCUUCACGGUGAUCCUAAACCAAGGAAUAUGAUGAUCGCCAAAAAUAGGGUCCUUUGGAUUGAUUUUGACUCUGCACAGACGUUCUUGGAGGACCAGGCGCUUACAUCAAUCCAAGACAAAUGGUUCAAGGAAGAGGUCGAACUGAUGGAAUACUUUGUGGAAGCUUUGACCCAAGAUUUUGCCGAAGGGAAGAUAAACCACACAUACUCUUACUAUUAUGAUUGGUUUGUUUAG